AUGGUUAUAGUGAAAUAACCAUUACGUCAGUCACAUUUUCCCAUCCGUGAAGGAAGUAGCAGUUCUAUGCAUGUGGUAUGUAAGUCUAUGUGUGUAUCCUGUGAAUUCCUGUUCUCAGCUGCAUGCCAUGCAUUGUAUACCAUGGCGUAUAAUAACAGUUCUAGCAUGAACAGUACCAGCAACUUGGGGAACCAGAUUGGCAGUGGUGUAAUGAGUCUGUGUUUUGCAUUGGGCAUUCCUGGAAAUAUAAUGACUGUUGUUUUCAUAUUGCGCCACUUCAAGGACAACUUCUCUCUGCAUCUCAUGCUAAAUCUGGCAGCCUCAGACAUUUUGUGCCUAAUGACUCUACCAGUGUGGAUCUACUAUCUCCUGAAUGGCUGGAUAUUUGGCUCUGCCUUCUGUAAGGUCCUCUUCACUCUGGGCACCAUCUCCAUGAACACCAGCGUGUUUACUGUAACUCUGAUGAGCGUCCAGAGGUACGUGGUGGUUCUGCACCGAGACCAUUGGGCCAAGCUGGGAAGGACAGGAGAGAGGGCUCUUCUGCUGUGCGUUUGGGUUCUGGCGUGUGUUCUAUCAAUCCCGAGUGCACUUACCGCAGACACCAGGGAAAAGGAGUCCAAACUGAAAUGCCGUCGGUGGUCCAAGUCAGAUGAGGAGAGACUAACAAUUCUUUUAUUUAAGUUUCUUCUAGGGUUUGUUGUUCCAUUUUCUAUUUUGGUCACCUCUUACUGUCGCCUUCACACAAAAGUCAACAAGAGUGUCUUCUUCAGGAAACCGCGACUGACCAAGCUGAUUACCAGAAUCAUGCUGGCUUUCUUCAUUUUUCAUUUCCAGUGUAUCUUCUGUUUCCAGUGGAGAUCUUGGCACUUGCCCUCAAACCAUUUCACCUCCAUGUCUCUGAGAAAAUAAUGGCCUUCAAAGGGGCAUGUGCCAACAUUGCCAUCAGCCUUAUUUUCAUCAACAGUUGUGUGAACCUUUUUCUUUAUGCCUUUGCAUCCAAGAAUCUUUUUGCAGGUGAGAAGCCAAAAAGUAGUGACAAUACUGUGUCUGUGUGUGACUGAUGGUAACAUAAUAGGGUCAUAGUUGAUAUGAAAUUCAGUUGUGAUACAAACCUAUUGAUACAUAUGUGGUGGGAAGUUAUUCUUCUCUAAUGUUUGUGAAUAUAGUGUAUGGUGCAUUCCUUCCAAUGGUGAUCACAGAGCUCAGUGCAUUAGAUGGACUGUUUAGUGAUGUAACAAUUGAUCAUAAUGUAAUAAUAUCAAGAAUGUGUGUGGAUGGUCUAUUUAAGCUGUGACUGUGAUAAGAACUGAAAACACAGCGACGUAGAAUGUGGUUUGGACAACAGCAGAAAGUUUGUCAGAAAGAAUGUCUUAAGCCGUCCUUACACCAGAUUUGGGAAAGAUUCUUGAAAUAUUGUAGCCUAGUCUUUUGAGUAAAGCAUGAAUGGCGCUCAUUAGUUAAAAGACUCCAAUUUUUCAAGAAACUGUCCCAAAUCUUGUCAUUCUUCUUAUGUAUGGGUAGCAUUAGUUGACCAGAGAGAGAUU